AUGGCUGCGAACCCCAAGGACACUGUCGGCAUUAAUUUGCUCGUGUUCAACGGGAAGAAAGACAAGUUUCGCGUGUGGACCGCUAAGUUCGUUUCGCACCUUAAAGAGAUGACUGUCGCACUGCAAGGCCAAUGGCUCGCGUCGACCACCCCUGACCGCCCGGAGCCAACCAUCAAAUUCGAGGACUGGCUGCAAGGCGAUCCACCAGUUGCGACCGACCCCGACGAGAAGCGCGCGAAGUGGCAUCAGUACUACCGUACUAUGCAAGUGCAACAAAUCCGCACUUUAUUGAGCAAGGUUGUGCCGGAUCAAUUUGUCCAGCAAAUGAAGAAGUCGUACUCUGAAAAGGAACCAAUCUACCGUCUCUGGGCAGAGAUCGAGAAGAAGUAUGGUGUGUCUAACGUGACCACUAUGAAGACCGCCACGCGAAAGCUAAUGCGUGUGGCCGACGGCGACUUCCAGAGUGUUGAGGCUUUAUUUGGCGAGCUGCGGACGUUGAAGCACUCAAUCAACUCCCACUUCCGCUGGGCCAACGUUGGAGCCAACAGUGGUACCUCGAAGGCAACCUUGGUCGACCGAUGGCGCACUCAAAUGUACGAUGGUGGUCCGCCAUCAUUACCCGUCCCGCGAGGGGCUUGA